CCCUCAACCUCACCCUGCUGCCCCCAGCCCAGCCCAAGACACCAGGGCGUUUGCCGACAUCUGAGGCCCUUCUUGGUGUGGUCACUGAGGAUGGUGCCGAGAGGGGAAAGGUCAUGGGCAGGGCUGGGUGUGGGAUGCAGAGGAAACAGUGCCUGGGGGAGAGGAGCACUGUGCCCAGGUGGCCUCACUUGUCAUCUCAAAGUGGCGUCAAACUCCCGGACAGGUGGACGGGAACCCUAGGCUGGCCCUCCAGAGACCAGGAGGCCCCUGGCUCAGGGAUGCCACCUGCAGCUGCCCAGCCCUCCACCCAUGACGCCCUUGUUCCACCUGCCACUGCCCAUGAAACUGUGGAUCACCCAUCUCUGCACUGGCUUGCCUGCUGCUGCUGUCUCAGUUUACCUGGGCAGUUGCCCCUGGUUAUCCAACUGGGGUGGGACUUGGACUUAGAAGCAGGCCCCUCCUCUGGGAGGCUGUGUCCUCGGGCCAGGAGGUGGCAGCCUCUACCUUCCUGAGACAGGGACCCUUUUUUGUCCAUC